AUGAUGAAUUUCGACAAUCUCUUUCGAUGUUUUAUAUUAACUCAAUCAUCUGUACGUGGUUGGGGAAAUCCAUUUCAUUUACAAGAAAUUUUUACCUAUCGACGUGAAAAAAUUGGUAAACAAAAAGGUAAUCAAAAUUAUAUAAAUGCUCAAUUUCGUUCACCACUUGCCAAUUAUUUACCACAUUUGGUUCCAUCUCAAGUAGCUACAGCCCAUUUUCAACUUGUUCUAUCACGUGAUCAUCGUUUUGGUAUUGAUUCAAUUUCAAUAAGAAUCUGUUAUGCUGGAACAGGUGAUCAUGGUUUUAGUGGACGAAGGUUAUUUACUGCAGUCCCAUUAAUUAAUCAAUAUCCUAUAGGUUCAAUUCUUCUUGAAAAUCCAUAUUAUGGUUUAAGAAAACCAUCAGAUCAAUCUCGUUCAUCAUUAUUGUAUGUUACCAAUUUAUAUAUCAUGGGUGAAGUACUUGUUUUAGAAACACUUAUGCUACUUCAUUGGUGUCAAAAAAUGAAAUUAACAUCAGCUAUUCUACAUGGUUUUUCUCUUGGUGGACAUAUGACUUCAUUAGCGUUUACAAAAUGGCCUGAUCUACCUUCUCGACAAUUCUAUGAAAAUAAAGCCUCUCAAACAUUUUAUGAUUAUUUACGUGAACGAAAUCGAUCAAUAGAUUCAAAUAAAAUUGUUCUCAAUCUUAUUAAAGAUAUGAUGCGUCUUCUUAUGGAUGAAUUUACAUCUUUAUGUAAUUAUUCACGCUCAGUUCAAUCAAAUAUAUCUAAUGCUAUAUUUAUUGCUUGUACACAUGAUGGUUAUGCAUUACGUGAUGGUAUUCCACAUAUGAAUGAUGUAUGGCCUGGUAUUCAUAUUCGAUAUAUUCCUCAUGGACAUGUUAAUGCAUUUUUAUUUAAUCAAUUAGGUUUUCAUCAUACUGCUGCUAAAAUGUUACAACGACAAGAACCAAAUGUAAAACUAAAAAAACAUCUAAUCAUAUCACCAAUUUUUGUUACUACACCUAAAAAUUCGUGA